UUAAGUUUGCGUGUAGAUUCACACACAGCCCCUCUCUCAUGUAAAUACAGUGCACAGCUCGUGAUGAUGUUACAGGAUAUUUUUGCCUCCACUAAUCGUUUUACACCACAGAGAUUUUGAGACUGCGGAAGCGAAGACAACGAGCUUUAGCAGCUUGGAGAGGAUGGAGUUAGAUCUGUCACAGGCUUUGAAUUCUGUCAGUCUGGAGCAGAAAGACAGCAAGAUGGACACUUUUGGGCUGUACGUCGUCACGUGGAAUGUGGCCACAGCUGAGCCUCCUGAUGAUGUGAACUCUCUGCUUCAGCUCGACUCACUGAAGAAACCCGACCUCUAUGUGAUCGGGCUGCAGGAGGUGAGGGCUGCACCUCUCAAGUUUGUCACAGAUUUGGCCUUCGAGGACUCCUGGAGUCACAUCUUCAUGAACACAUUGGCCCCUUUGGGAUAUAUCAAGGUGUCCUCCAUACGGAUGCAGGGUCUACUCUUGCUUUUCUUUUCCAAGCUGGAACACGUCCCAUUUAUCAGAGACAUUCAGGUCACUUACACCCGCACGGGACUGUACGGCUACUGGGGUAAUAAAGGAGGUGUAUCCAUCCGUCUGUCUUUCUACGGUCACAUGCUCUGCUUCCUGAACUGCCACCUGACCGCCCACAUGAACUACGCCUCUCAGCGGGUGGAUGAGUUUGAGUAUAUUUUAGAUGCUCAGACCUUUGACACCAAAAACACACCCCGCAUUUUGGAUCACAAGGUGGUGUUCUGGUUUGGGGAUUUGAAUUUUCGUAUUGAGGACCAUGGGAUGCACUUUUUAAGGAGCUGCAUCACCAGCCAGCGUUUCAAUCUUCUUUGGCCCAAAGAUCAGCUCACCAUGAUGAAGCAGAAGGAAGCUACUUUGCAGAAGUUUGAAGAGGGACCUCUAGACUUUCAGCCCAGCUAUAAAUUUGAUUUGCACUCAGAUAACUAUGACUCAAGGGUACAGAAGACAUGGUUCGGUUUUAAUGGUAAGAAACGCAAGCCUGCGUGGUGUGACAGGAUUCUCUGGAGAGUGAAACCCUGGUCCUCGCCAACAGAGAAAGCUAAUGAAGAUGAUCACAAUGAAGAGGAGUCAAAGAAACAACUGCAGGAGGAACAUAAAGACGAGUUCCCUCUAAAACUGAUGCAGGUGGAUUACACGAGUAAAAUGGAGUACGGCAUUAGCGACCAUAAGCCCGUCGUUAGCAUCUUCCGCUUGGAGUUGAAAAAGAUGUAUGAGACGCCGUUGGUGCAGGUGUCCGCUGAAGGAGAGUGGAGUGCUGACUUUGAUGCCCUCAUAACCUACAGCCUUCUUCAGACCUUUCCCUCCAGCUCCUGGGACUGGAUCGGUUUAUAUAAGGUUGGAUUUAAAAGUGUUUCCGACUAUAUCACGUACACCUGGGUGAAGGAUGACCAGGUGUCUUUCAGUGAUGAGCUCUUUCAGGUUUAUGUGAACAAAGAUGAAAUUCCAGUUCUUGGGGGUGAAUGUGUGCUAUGCUAUUAUAGCAGCAGCUUGCAGUGCAUUGUGGGUAUUAGUCAACCUUUCAAGGUGCAGGAAUCCAGAGCAGCGAUUGAAGAGGGUUUAGUGGCUGAAAAUAUCAACAGACUAGACGAAACAGUAGCCGGUUAAGACCAAGUUUAAAAUGCACAUUGUUUCAGAUGCUGUCGAGCCACAGCUCAGCCACAGCUCAGAUGUCAAACCAAACAUACCUUUGAAUUCAAGCAAGUGCAAUUUUUAUCCAAAAGUUGAUUUAAGGUUUCACUGGUAUGUGAUACAGUGUCUACAGUGUGUUUUCUCUUUUAUUUUUUUAAUCCAAAAAAUAUUCUAAAUCGCAGCCAGUUGAUGGGACCAGUCCCAAAAAGAUGGUAUUUUAAGUAACCAGAUUUAAAUUUGUACUCUUAUUAUUAAAAUUUAUUCUAAAAAGUCUUUAAAAAUGGUUGUUACAAAUUUAAAAUAUAUAUUUUAUUUAUUUAUUGAUUAAUUAAAUGAAUAAAUUCACACCAGAGCCUUACUAUUACCACAUUCCCUCAAAACAUUUAGUAUGUAUUUAUCUUGUAACUGUAACAAAAUGUUUUAUUCAUCUACUGUCUUUAUGGUUACUGCUAAUCUUAUCCUUGUGUAUUCACUCCAUUGCAGACUUACACUGUCAAGAUAAGGCUGCAUUUGCACAAUUUAAUUUAGUAUUUUUAUGGGACAUGUUUGCUUUAUGUGGAUCUAUUUAUGUCUAUAACUCAUACUGAAGUGGUAUUAUUAUAUUAUUUUUGUCUCACUGAAAUUGAGUGUGAAUAAGGAUAUGCAGAAAUGCUAUAGUUUGACUAAGGGUAUGUUUGUGGUCAGUACAGUUUGAUAUUACUUUCAUUUUAAGGAUAAGCAGGUAUAGCAAAAUAUCCUCUUUUGGCUGAAGAAUGUGUUUUUUUGCUGUAAUGUUAGACUAAUGUUAAUGUAUAAAUAUAAUAUAUUUGUAUCAAAUUACACUGCAUAGAAGGUAAAAGACUGUAAAGAAAAAUUUCUCUGUAAAGGAAGAGCUUUUUAUUUUCUAACAAAUGCAUACUGAUGACAUGAAAUAAAUGUUACUAAAUUAAAAAGGAAAACA